CAGGAACCAAAAAGAGCCCUUUUCAGUUCUACUUACUAAGCCAUUUUGGUUAGAGAUGGAUUAUGGCAGUGGCUGUGAGUCUGGAUGGACUAUGUAUUUGGAGAACUCUCUCAUUCCUCCAUGCACUACAUAUUCUCAUGGUAAUGAGUUUUUACAUAAAAGUGUGAUAAAUAAACAUGAAGAAGAGGAAGAGGAUUUGUCUAUGGUUUCAGAUGCAUCUUCUGGACCUCCACAAGCAUUUGGAGAGGAGGAGUUUGGUUUGUGUUAUGACAAUUCUCCUAUUGAUGCUGCACUAUUGUUGCCUGCUAAGGUGGAUGCCAAAAGCCAUAAGAAGAAACCAAACAGGCGUGAGAAGCUAAAGGAAAAGGCUUCUUCUGCUCUUGAUGAUACAGCCAGUUCUCCCAUCUUCACCUCCACUCAUAAUAACUUCAGCCAGAAAAACAAUCACAGCUCAGGAGAGAAUGUUGUAGUACCAGGUUUUUCACAUGGCUACUCAACUACUCAAUUUCAUGGGCAGUCUACACAUCAUCAAGAGCACUCUGAGCUCUUUCAAUUGCAACCAAACCAGUGGUUUGAAAAGAGAUGGGGAUAUUAGGACAUCAUUUUUUGCUUUUGAUGUUGGCAGCAGCUUAGUAUAAUGUUUAGUUCUGGAAAAAUAACAGAGAAAUGUUGCUCUUGAUUCUAUUCUUUUCUUAUUCUUUUAGCUAUCAAUGCACUGGGGUAAACAACCCAAGCCUAAAAGGAAAAAAGAUCCCAUCUUGUUUCUUAGAAUUGCAAUUGUUCCAUUUAACUAGUUAACUACUAUGCCAGCGCAA